UUUUAUAAAUGAGUCCCUUGGAGUUGCAAGUAGACCUCAAUAACUGGACUGAACUGCUGUUCUAAGAGCUUGUACUGACACAAUGUGGAUGCAGAGCGAACUGCAAACUAAGAGGAAGGCCAAUCCACAAUAUAAGAAUUAGCGCAGGGUGACUAUUAACACAUCAUAAUUACAAAGUUACAAAUGUGUUCUGUUACAGUCUUUGAUGCUUAAUUUAUUUGAUUGAUUUCGUAUCAGUACUCAGUAGUCUCCUGAGAACGAAUUAAAAGGUCGCGAUCAAAAGACUUGGAACAAAUACUAAAGAAAUACAAAUACCUUUGAACUAGCUUAAGGUGUAGAGGCUGUGAAUUGCAGGAAAAAAACAAACAAAACUUUUCGACCGUGGAACUGUUGCGCAGUCAGGGAGUGUGUGAAAGACAGUAAGGCGUAUGAGGAAGUUAGUCGGUAGAAGACACCUGUCAACGAAAGAACAAUCCUCAUCGCACUUCGAUGAACAGGCACCACAUUAUGGCUCGGCUCCGUCUUUUUGCUUUUGUCAGCCUUGUGAGCUUGGUCCUUGGGCAGGAGGGAUGCGUUUGGGAUUUAAACACUGAAGUGAACCAAGGCCUGGACCCACUGUCGUUAGUCGCAGGUGCGACGUAUAUCGCUCACCUACCGGAACUUUCCGACGACGAGACUUGCCAACAAGCUUGUUGUGAUAAUGAAGCCUGCCAGCUUGCCCUCACUGAGACAAACUCUAAUGGCACCCUCGGAUGCUUCCUUGUAAACUGCAUGAAAGAAGACCAAGAUGUUUGUAUUCUGAUGCAAAGCGAUACGGUUAAAGUGUAUCGCAAAGCACCGGAGUCGACACCGGACAUUUUCGCCGUUCGCUCGGCCAACUCCACAGAUCGGUGCCGUUAUGUUAAUGCUGUGGGUCCUUGUCGUGCUGCCUUCAUCCGGUUCUUCUACAACGUCAGCAGCCAAACCUGUGAAAAGUUCAUCUACGGUGGCUGUGGUGGCAAUAACAACAUCUUCAACUCACCGGAAGACUGUUUGGCAGUGUGUGCAGGCGUGACAGGUGACAUGAUCAAUGACCCUGACACCUUGCCAAAAAAACCCAGAAUGGUUCAACAGGAGGACAAUGAAGAAGUUUCUUCUGAGGUUCCCCUACCUGAAGUGACAGUGGAAGAGUUUGCAGAGAAAUGCGAGGCUGCUCCACAGACGGGGCUCUGCAGGGCCUCCAUUCCCCGCUACUACUACGACAGCGGCGCCUGCAAGAGGUUCACAUACGGCGGGUGUGGUGGCAACCGGAACAACUACGAGACCGAGCAGGAGUGCAUGACAGCCUGCACAGUCAAGAUCAUGGAAAAGAACGUUGAUGACGACAAGGAGUACCAAGAGGCCUGCGGCGCGCCAUCUGAUUCAGGACCCUGCCGUGCCGCUUUCCCGAAGUUCUACUUUGACAGUGACAGUCAGUCAUGUCAUAUGUUCAUCUAUGGAGGCUGCAAAGGCAACAUGAACCGCUACAACACCAUGGAAGAAUGCAUGUCCAAAUGUGCUGGGGAGCACGGCAUGCCAGCGUUGGCCAAGCCGUGCCAUCACUGGUCUCCAGCCAUUUUCCUGAUGACAACGCUGACCAUCAUAUGCGUUAUGCUGCUGGUGGGUUUGAUUGUCAUCGCCAAACGUCGAGUCAAACGCCAGCAGCUCCUCGUCUUGGACGACCAGCGGGAGCUGCUGCCUGAGGAACAGCUCUCCGUGGAGGAUCCACCCAAGGCCGCUUUAUACUAAAUCUCUCUCUCUCUCUCUCUCUCUCUCUCUCUCUGCUAAAUUAAUCUCUUCACUCCAGUACUGCCACAAAACUGUUGCACACAACUGGCUUCCUUGGGAAUGCUUGGACGAGAUGUACCAUUUAGUAGACACAGUAUUGGUAACAACCAUCUUGAAAUAAAGUGAAUAAUGUUGGGUACUUUAACUACGUUAUAUAUACACUAUGUUGCUUUCGUAGAAUACAAUGGAAUUACAUCAUAAAAACAAUUCUUUAUAAUGUCUAGUCUGUUAAUAACAUAUGACUAUUAGUAAUUCUGUGUGGAAAAUUGUAUUGCUUAAACUUUGUUAGCAUAAUGCAAAUACUAUAUCACAGAUGGACAGGUCACGCGAACAGGCCUCAGGAGCAGAAAUCCCCAAGAUGCAAAGUGAGAGGUACAUGAUUUUAAUGUUUUAGUGUAAGGUUUAUUGUUGUAUAUUUCUCUUGAUGGAAAGAAUCCUGGUAGCACCAUAUCUCUUUACCAAUGGUUCUAGAUUUGUGUUAUAAAAUUUGUUCACUGAAUCAGUUCAUUUCUCAAAAAGGUUGUCUUUGCAUGAAUGUAUUCUCCUUUGAGGGAAGCUCUCAAAUUUGAAAGGUUUUUUCAAACUUCCCUUUCAACCUUCAGUCUACAAAAUGUGUAUACGUUUAUAUUUUCCCCCUUUAUAAGGUAAGGAAGGGCCAAAGGCCUGAAAUGUCACCCUUUAAUUUUUUUUUUUUUUUAGCUGCUCUUUACAUCCAUCCAUCCAUAUGUAUGGAUAUAUGGCUUUGGCAUUUUUUGAUAGUUACGUUUUUACUAGAAUUGUUUUUCCCUUCAGAUUUGAAUUUUGGUUUCAAUAUAAUGAUUACAUUAUUGCUGGAAAUGUUCUAAUCUCAUUACGAUCCCAUGAAGAGAAUAAAUUAUAAAGUUAGUACUUGUGUCAUGAGUAAACUAUUGCACUAUGAUGCAUUGUUGGUCAAGUUCAUAACGCAUGUGGAUCGUCGUAUUUGCAUAUGUAAAUCUGCAUAUUGGACUACGUCAUAUCCCUGAGCAAAUCUUUUCUGACAUAAAUAAAAUAAACGGUUGAAUAACUACAA